AUGUCCAAGUGCGGCCACCGUAGCGACAGCGCGAAGAGGCUGCGCAGGCGCCUCUCGGCCUCUUCUCUCUGCCCUUACUCCGUAAGACAAGUGCUGAAUCGACCUGCCUCUGCAACCAUGGAGACGACAGAACUGUGCUUCCCAGAGUUUCACAACAUCUCAUGCAGAAAGCCCCAGCCUUCUCCAUCAGAUGCACUGCUGUCUUACAGCUUGAUCUCGCUGAUAUCAGUGCUGACAGUGACAAUGAACCUUCUAGUCAUCAUCUCCAUCCUGCACUUCAGGCAGCUUCACAGUCCUACCAACCUACUAAUCCUCUCGCUGGCUGUGUCAGAUUUCCUGGUUGGUCUUUUGCCGAUUCCAGUUCAAAUCCUCCUAACAGAAACCUGCUGGCUCCUGGGAAGUGUUCUCUGUGCUUUGUACAAUUUAACAGUCUUUACCAUAACGGCAUCUGCAGUUGGUUCUAUUGUGCUCAUUUCAAUUGAUCGCUAUUUAGCAAUUUGUGAUCCAUUACACUACAGUACCAAGGUGACAUUAAACAGGGUUAAGUUCUGUGUUUGUGCUUGUUGGCUCUGUGCUCUCUUCUACUGUUGUCUGAUUUUAAAGGAUUUUCUCAUUGACCCUGAUGCACACAGUUCAUGUUAUGGAGAGUGUGUGGUAGUGCUCAACAAUAUUACUGGAAAUGUUGAUUUUGUGUUUACCUUUAUUGGCCCUAUCACUGUCGUUGUGGUUCUGUAUGUGAGGAUUUUCAUGGUGGUAGUUUCCCAAGCUCGUUCAAUGCAGUCUAAAGUAGUGACUUUACAGCAAACUGUGACUAUAUCGGCUAGAAAAUCAGAGCUAAAAGCAGCCAGGACACUUGGAAUAGUUAUUUUAGUUUUCAUAGUGUGCCUAUGUCCAUUUUACCUUCCAUCCUUCGCUGGGGAGCACAUUGUAGACAGCAGCCUCUCUACACGUCUUGCUACUUGGGCAUGGUUGUUUAACUCUUGUGUAAACCCGUUUGUCUAUGCCUUUUUCUAUCCCUGGUUUAGGAAAUCUAUAAAACUAAUUGUAACAUUUCAAAUACUGCAAACCCAUUCUACUCAUGCAAAUGUUCUUUGA